AUGUCGAACCAAGACCAAGCAUCCUCCUCCAACAACGGAGAUGCUGGUGCGCCCUGUGCACCGGCUGGCAUUCCUGAAAAGAAACGGAGACGUCCUCCGCUUGCCUGUGAGCAGUGCAGAAGGCGAAAGAUAAAGUGUGAUAGGAACUCACCUUGUGGACACUGUACUCGGGCAAGAAUUCCUGACUGCACGUACGCUCCCAUCUACAUCCCAGAGUCCAAGGCCCGGAGCAAAUUAUCUUCUAAGCUGCCGAGUACCAGGGCUGGCGGUGCAGCACAGAGGCCUGUGCUGCGAGCUCUAUCUUCAGAUGCAAAAACUCGGACAGGAGAAGGGUGCGAGGCUGUAAGCGAUCCUCUUGGCCCGUCCAAGGCUCCAUCCAGCGUCCCGAGUUCAAAUGUCGGCUCAGCUUCUGACUCGUCCAACGUCGACUGGUUGGUUGCCAGAGUUCACGAACUCGAAGACAAGCUUGCCAAUGCCGUUCAUAUCACCGAGCCCGGGGGCAAUCCCUUCGUCUCAGGAAAAGGAGACUCGGUGGCUCCCCUGACUGGCAUCAUCUCCAAAACAAGAUACUUCGGGAACAGCCACUGGAUAAAUGUUACUGACUUGCUCCCAACAGAGUUCGCCUUGCUCGGCCGUGCUGAGGCAGACAAGGCUGAUAACCCCGGUGCCGCCAAUAUGUGUUUCGUGAUGCAAAUGCAACUCUGCCUGGCUCUCGGUGCCACUGUAUACGAUGAGAUAUUUUCCAUGAGGGCCAUGGCGAUGCAUUGGGUUUACGAGGCCCAGCUAUGGCUGAUGCUCCCCCCAGAGAAGAGCAAAAUGACGAUUUCCGGCAUACAAACCCUAUGUCUCUUAGUACUGGCCAAGUCCUGUUGUGGCGUAGGCCAAGACCUCACUUGGAUAACGAUGGGCAGUCUUGUAAGAAUGGCCAUGUACAUGGGUCUUCAUCGAGACCCAAAACAUCUUGGGAAGAUGACUGUUUGCAGGGCCGAGAUUCGCCGGCGCCUAUGGGCCACGGUUUUGGAGCUGAACUUGCAGUGUGCGUUUGAGGCCGGUGGUUCUCCGCUGCUUCAUGCCACAGACUAUGAUACUGAACCUCCUGCCAACUUGAACGAUGAUCAGCUGGUCGACGAAAACGAUGGCGAGACACCUCUAGGACACCCAUCUGACACACCGACCGCGACAUCGGUCCAGCUUGCCAUCCUCAAGUCGCUCCCGCUGCGGCUCAAUCUUAUCAGGCUUGUCAACGACUUUCGCGCGUCACGCCCAUAUGACGAGAUACUGCGAUUAAACUCGGAACUGACAAAGGCCUGUCGAGAGCUGUCACACAAGCUAUCCUGCCUGCAGACGAAAGAUGCCGGCUCAAGAGGUCCGACAAUCAACUACUUCCACGUCUCGGUGGCGGAGCUCUUCCUUUAUCGGUUUUUCCAUGCGCUUCAUCAAACCGCCAUCGCAAAGUCAUUCAACGAUCAUAGAUUUUAUUUCUCUCGAAGAAUGUGCCUGGACAGCGCACUCAAACUUCUCAGCCUCUGGGGCCUGUCGGGAAGGCCGUUGAACACACAGGCCGAGGGUCAAGUGGACUUUAUGCGAAUCGUGGAUAAUGGCACUGGGCUUUUCCGUUACAUCGCUGUGCAGUCACUAUUCUUCGUCGCCGUAGAGCUCAUUCAUCAGAAAAAGGGCCAUUCGGUCAGCCUCGGGUAUCUUCCUUCCAUUGGCGACUCGGACCUGCGAGCCUGUUUGGAGUCUGCAAAGUCCUGGUCUUUGGAGCGGGUUCGGGCGGGGGAGACCAACGGGAAGGGUCACUGCUUUUUGGCAGCGUGCCUGGGCCAUAUUGAUGCUCUCACUUCAGGCUUGUCUCGGGAAGAGGUGGACAUGGCGAUUCUGCGAGGGGCGACGGAAUCAGCAAACAGCUGCUUGGUAGCUCUUACCGAGGUGGCCGAGAGAGAGGGAGUGCCAUCCGAGGAGUCGACGCCCGAACCAACGGAAAUGGACGGCGUCACCAACAUGCCACUCGAGUGGAUGGGUGAUUGGGCGUGGGAUGACAUGAGCGGCAUAUCAUGGGAACAAUGGUCCCAGAACACGUUUGGCCGCGGCAUGGAGCAGAGUCUUCCUGGACACUUUUAG